AUGGACGGUCCCGGGAUCAGCGAUGGCGCGCAGGCGUACGCGUCCAUGGCUGGAAAGCUGGACGCGAGACUGCUCCAAGCCGUCGACAAAAUGGGCUUUGCCGAUAUGACGCCGGUCCAGCAUCGCGUGUUGACCGAACUUCCCGACUGGCGCAGUGACUGUCUGGUCCAGGCGAAAACGGGGACGGGGAAAACGCUCGCCUUUCUGCUUCCUGCAUUGCACUGUCUCCUGAAGGGAAAUUCCGCGCCGCCAAGAGGUCAGGUCGCCAUCUUGAUCAUCACCCCUACGCGAGAGCUGGCCCAGCAAAUCGCCAAGUCCUGCGAUCAACUCACGUCGCAACUCCCGAAACCGCUUGAAUGCCACAUUGCCGUGGGUGGAACAGCUCGCGCGUCCGCGCAUGCCCGCUUCAUGAAGGGGGCGCCUUCUGUCCUGGUGGCAACUCCGGGACGGCUGAAAGAUUACCUCUCCGACGAAUCCACGGCAGAGAAGCUGUCGAACAUCCAGACCCUCAUCUUGGAUGAAGCAGAUACCAUGCUUGACAGCGGCUUUAUCGCUGACGUGAAGCGGAUCCUCCAACUCAUCCCACCCAAGAGCGCUGGCUGGCAAGGUAUGUGCUUCUCGGCCACUGUUUCGCCCAAAGUCAAGGAUGUGAUCAGUGUUGUGCUUAAGUCCGGAUACACUAGCAUUUCGACCAUCGAGAAGAAUGAAGCGCCCACACAUGAGAGAGUACCCCAGUACCACGUGCUCAUCCCGUCGGUGGCCCAGACGUUCACCACCCUGACCUCCCUUCUCAAUCUCGAAAUGAAGGCAUGCUCUAAGAUCAUUGUGUUUGGCAUCACGGCCAACAUGGUUGCCCUCUUUGCGGGCGUCUUUUCCCAAGGCUUGACCCCGCUGCGGGUGUUUGAAAUUCACUCCCGGCUCAGCCAGAGCGCUCGCACGAAGACCACGAAUCAAUUCAAGGAAGCGGCGGCCGGCAUCCUGUUCGCUUCGGAUGUUAUUGGCCGUGGCAUGGACUUCCCCAACGUCGAUCUGGUCAUCCAGGUCGGCCUGCCCUCAAACGCUGAGCAGUACGUCCACCGUGUCGGUCGGACAGCCCGUGCCGGAAAUGACGGGCGCGCCAUUAUCCUCCUCACCCAGGCCGAGUCUUUCUUCCUGAAGAACAACCGCCACUUGCCCAUCCAGCCUCACCCGCAAACCAACAUGAUCAAUGAGGGUGCGUCGUCGUGCGCGGAUGCCGUCACGCAGGCUAUGUACAAUAUUGAUGAAGUGACCAAGCAACGCGCCUACUCGUCUUUCAUCGGUUUCUUUGCCGGUUCGGGUCUCAUGAAGCAGCUUCGUCUCGAUAAGCCGGGUCUGGUUCAACUCGCCAACGAGCUGGCUAUCGAGGGCAUGGCGUGUCCCGAGCCUCCGCCCAUGGACAAGAAGGUCGUGGGCAAGAUGGGGUUGAAGGGCGUGCCGGGAUUCAACUAUGGGAACGGGAGUGAUUCUGUUCAACCCCACAGGCGAUUCCAGGGCAAGCCUCGCGAUGCGCUAAGCCCUGGAGCUACUCGAGGCGCACAAAACGGGGUCGAGAAGAACCGUGGAGGUCAGGGAGGUCGUGGAGGCCGCGGUCGGGGACGUGGUGGGCGUGGACGAGGUGGGAGGCAAGCACAACGCCCCUGA